AUGGCAGACAUCAAAAACACAACAGACGAAUCAACAAAUGUGAAUCCAUCUUACGAGAUAGACCCAGAUGGCGACGUGACGUUGGUGGUCAACAACAUCGCACGAGGCCUCCCCGCAGACUUGAAGGACGUACCGCCGGACCUUCUCGCUGGCAAUGAAGAGUUGGAUGAAUCAACCCCAAUGGAAGAGGAAAGCUCAGAAGCUACAGAGGAUGCGGACUCGACUGCGCGACACCUUCGACUUCGGGUCUCUUCAAAGCAGCUGUCCCUUGCUUGUCCACACUUUGCACGAAUGUUCAAAAGCGACCUCCGAGAGGGUACUGAGCUGCGGAAUAAUGGCAGGGUAGAGCUGGAAGUUGAUCAACCAUGUGGAACCGCGGUUUUACUGCUCAUGCUGGUUAUCCAUGGUCGUACACGACAAGUCCCUCGAGUGGUGUCGAAAGAAAUGUUGAUCGAAAUUGCAGUUCUUGUGGACUACUUUGAGUGCUACAAGGCUGUUGAGGUCUUCUUCGACAUGUGGAUUACCGCCAUUGAACCGCAUCCUGAAGAGCGGGUGGUUGAAAUGCGAGACUGGGUCUUCAUCUCUUGGGUGUUCUCAAAGAAGACGAUUUUCGAACAGACGACAUUGGCGGUUAUCAGGAGAUAUCCGACUGUAAUUCCCGCACAAGGGCUCCCUCUACCAGCAAGGAUAUUAGGUCUGUCGUUAUCCCAUCUUUCACUACAUCCUUAUUAA